GGGCUGCGGGGCUGGGGCGUUAGCUGCGUCCCGGCUCGGAGCCCGCGAAGAGGACAAGGAGGAAGGCGCCUCUGUGGCCGCGGCCGCAGUGCUCCGGGCGCGACGAGCGAUGAGCAGCCGCCCCGCGGGCGACCCCGCCGUCGCUGGCCGCCGCUGAGCGCGACCCGGAGACAGCCCGCCGCUCCCCAGCACCCUCUCCGGCCGGCACCCUCGCGCCCAGAGAAACAUGAUUCCUGUGACAGAAUUCCGGCAGUUCUCUGAGCAGCAGCCUGCCUUCCGGGUGCUGAAGCCGUGGUGGGAUGUGUUUACUGAUUACCUCUCGGUGGCCAUGCUCAUGAUCGGCGUGUUUGGAUGCACUUUACAGGUCAUGCAAGACAAGAUAAUCUGCCUUCCGAAAAGAGUGCAGCCUGCUCAGAACCACUCUUCCAUUUCGAAUGUGUCUCAAGCAGUUGCCAGUACCACCCCACUGCCUCCACCUAAACCAUCUCCAACUAACCCUGUCACUGUGGAAAUGAAAGGACUGAAGACAGAUUUGGACCUUCAGCAGUACAGUUUUAUAAACCAGAUGUGUUAUGAGCGAGCCCUCCACUGGUAUGCCAAGUACUUCCCUUACCUUGUUCUCAUCCACACCUUGGUCUUCAUGCUCUGCAGUAACUUUUGGUUUAAAUUCCCUGGUUCCAGCUCCAAAAUAGAACACUUCAUCUCCAUCCUGGGGAAGUGUUUUGACUCUCCUUGGACCACACGGGCUUUAUCUGAAGUGUCUGGGGAGGACUCAGAAGAAAAGGACAAUAGGAAAAACAACAUGGGCAAGUCCAACACCAUCCAGUCUGGUCCCGAAGGCAGCCUAGUCAAUUCUCAGUCUCUAAAGUCAAUUCCUGAGAAGUUUGUGGUUGACAAAUCCACUGCAGGGGCUCUGGAUAAAAAGGAAGGUGAGCAAGCAAAGGCCUUAUUUGAGAAGGUGAAGAAGUUCAGGCUGCAUGUAGAAGAAGGUGAUAUUCUAUAUGCCAUGUAUGUUCGCCAGACUGUACUUAAGGUUAUCAAAUUCCUAAUCAUCAUUGCAUAUAAUAGCGCUCUGGUUCCUGAAGUCCAGUUUACAGUGGACUGUAAUGUUGACAUUCAGGACAUGACUGGAUAUAAAAACUUUUCCUGCAAUCAUACCAUGGCACACUUGUUCUCAAAACUCUCAUUUUGCUACCUGUGCUUUGUAAGUAUCUAUGGAUUGACGUGCCUUUAUACCUUAUACUGGCUGUUCUACCGUUCUCUAAGGGAAUACUCUUUUGAGUAUGUCCGGCAGGAGACUGGGAUUGAUGAUAUUCCAGAUGUGAAAAAUGACUUUGCUUUUAUGCUUCAUAUGAUAGAUCAAUAUGACCCUCUCUAUUCCAAGAGAUUUGCAGUGUUCCUGUCUGAAGUCAGUGAAAAUAAAUUAAAGCAGCUGAACUUAAAUAAUGAGUGGACUCCUGAUAAACUGAGGCAGAAGCUACAGACAAAUGCCCAUAAUCGACUGGAAUUGCCUCUUAUCAUGCUCUCUGGCCUUCCAGACACUGUUUUUGAAAUCACAGAGUUGCAGUCUCUAAAACUUGAAAUCAUUAAGAACGUAAUGAUACCAGCCACCAUUGCACAACUCGACAAUCUGCAAGAGCUCUCCCUACACCAGUGCUCUGUGAAAAUCCACAGUGCAGCUCUCUCUUUCCUGAAGGAAAACCUCAAAGUCUUGAGCGUCAAGUUUGAUGACAUGAGGGAGCUGCCCCCCUGGAUGUAUGGACUGCGGAAUCUGGAAGAGCUCUACUUGGUUGGCUCUCUGAGUCAUGAUAUUUCCAGAAACAUCACCCUUGAGUCUCUGCGGGAUCUCAAAAGCCUUAAAAUUCUCUCUAUCAAAAGCAACGUUUCCAAAAUCCCUCAGGCAGUGGUGGAUGUUUCCAGCCAUCUCCAGAAGAUGUGCAUACAUAAUGAUGGCACCAAGCUGGUUAUGCUCAACAACUUAAAGAAAAUGACUAAUCUGACAGAGCUGGAACUGGUCCACUGUGACCUGGAGCGCAUUCCUCACGCUGUUUUCAGCCUGCUCAGCCUCCAGGAAUUGGACCUAAAGGAAAAUAAUCUGAAAUCUAUAGAAGAAAUCGUUAGCUUUCAGCACUUGAGGAAGCUGACAGUGCUAAAACUGUGGCAUAACAGCAUCACCUAUAUCCCGGAGCAUAUAAAGAAACUCACCAGCCUGGAACGUCUGUCCUUUAGUCAUAAUAAAAUAGAGGUGCUGCCUUCCCACCUCUUCCUAUGCAACAAGAUCCGAUACUUGGACUUAUCCUACAAUGACAUUCGAUUUAUCCCACCUGAAAUCGGAGUUCUACAAAGUUUACAGUAUUUUUCCAUCACUUGUAACAAAGUGGAAAGCCUUCCUGAUGAACUCUACUUCUGCAAGAAACUUAAAACUCUGAAGAUUGGGAAAAACAGCCUAUCUGUACUUUCACCGAAAAUUGGAAAUUUACUAUCUCUUUCCUACUUAGAUGUAAAAGGCAAUCACUUUGAAAUCCUCCCUCCUGAACUGGGCGACUGUCGGGCUCUGAAGAGGGCGGGUUUAGUUGUGGAAGACGCUCUCUUUGAAACUCUGCCUUCUGAUGUCCGGGAGCAAAUGAAAACAGAAUAACUUAUUUUUCGUGAAAGUUUGACUGAAACACGCUUCUACCAAAUACAGUAUGAAAAAUUAGGUAGUCUUAAUGCCUUUCCUAUUUUAUUUUUAUUUUUUUUUCUUUUUCACACAAAACAAAAUGUACACAAAGGUUGAGUAAGGAGUAUGUAUUUUUUAAUAAAAAUUUAAUUGUAUUUUUUCAAUAUUAA